CUCAGAAAUAAGAUAUUCAGAUAUCGAGAGUGACAGCGUCCGCCGGUUUAUUUGAACUCGAAUUAAAUUUAUGCGAAAAAUGGCAGCGUUAGGCAAAUUUUCAAGAUUCGCAGCAGUUGCCUCGGCAGCGGUAACUUUUUCAGGAGCUUAUAUCUUGUUUAACGGGACCAGAAAUCCCGCACGUGCCAGUGGAGGGGGAACGCAAUAUAGCCCUCCUGACGAAUACGAACACCGCCUUCUUUACAAACCGACGGGUUUUCGAUGGGAUUCCAACUGGGACAUGUGCGAGAAAGGCACAAAGAGGCCUAAGAAGAGAGAUGACGGUAGCAUCGACGAGGAAUCUAAAGAGCUCAAGCCCACAGCUAUACGCCAUCUUGUCUUCAUAAGGCACGGGCAGUAUCACGAGGACGCCAAGAAUGAUGAUGAUAAAAGGCUGACGGACCUAGGAAGGUAGGAGAUGAAGUAAUGGGGAAACUAAUUGUUAAAAAUUGAAAAUUGAGCCAAUGAGCCAAAAAUGCGGAUAUUUACAGUCUGCAGUUGUCUUUACCCUCCCAUCAUUAAAAUACCGCUGAGAACUGUUUGUUUCCUUGUGUUGCUGUGGAAUUCACGACUUAGCCCUUUAUGCCCUAACAUCAGUAUGCAUAUUCUCUAUACUGUUCUCUAUACAUUUCCUAAGGAGCUGAUGAGGAGAAUUUGUUUGAUAAUCAAGAAUUUUUUAGUUGGUGAUCAUUUCCUGUAUUCUCCUGUUCUUGAUGUUUUAUUCAGUAGUGAUAUUGUAAGAAGAAAUUAGAUGCUAGUCACUUUGAUGUUAGGGUGUAAAGGGGUUAUUUCCACUAUUAUCUGGAAAAUAGUGAUCACCGUUUGGAGUGAAGAACACACCAAGCUUCUCUUUCCCCUGAUUUGCAAGCUGUGAGCAUUUUGGGUAACUUGGUAAUCUUUAACUGGACUGUUAAUCUUGAGAAAGUUAGUUGAUUGAAUAAUUGUUACUUUUUCAGGCAGCAAGCAAACAUUACUGGCCAGCGUCUUAAAGACCUGGACUUUAAAUACACCAAAUUGGUUUGCUCUACCUUAAUACGAGCUGUUGAAACAGCUGAUAUCAUUGCUAAAUAUCUGCCAGAGGUGCCGAGAGAGACAUGUGGCUUUUUACGCGAGGGGUCUCCAGUUCCCCCUGACCCUGCGUCAAAAAACUGGAGACCAGAUAAAGCGGUCAGUGUGUCAUGAAAUCAUAACAAGUUUUAACCCUUAAACCUUUCAAGUUACUAGCAUCUAAUUUCUCCUUACAAUAUCGCCCCUGAAUCAAACACUAAGGUCACAAGAAUAUUAAUGGAUGAUCUCCAACUAAGGAAGCUCUUGAUUAAAAAAAAAAUUCUCCUUACUAGCAUCCUCAGAAAUGUAUGGGGAACAGUAUUGAGAAUAUACACACUGAUAUUAGGGUGUAAAGGGUUAAAUAGCCAACAGCUUUUUUACUGACAUCGGUAAACAUGUCACCAAAUUGGGGACUUUGCUACUAAUUUAGUCAUCGACAUUUUUACUACUUGCAAGGUGACCAAAAAGGUUGCAGCUAAGAAUGCUGGGCACAUAAGUAUCAUGAUGUCUUUCCUUAGAACACAUCAUUUUGAUCUUGGCUUAUGCCGCAUUCAAAUUUUUUUUUUUUCUUUUUAGAAACUAUUUAACCGAAUAUUUUUGACUUGAAUGUAGCACAUUGGAAAUGCAAGUUAGCAAGUACUUGAAUCCAAUGGAAAAUCAAGUUUUUCAGUGCUCUGUUUAUAAUUUUCAUUCAAUGAAAACCAGUUUAACAAAACAUGUUUUGCUGGUGUGAAUGGGGUAUUAGGCUCAGACAUAUCUCAGAAUACAAAAAUUUUUCAUUAAACUACUAAUCAGUGAGCCACUACAUUCUGUACUGGGCAGAAAAACAGUGAUAAUAACUUAUUUAUUAAAUGAUAAGUUACUGUUCUGUAGUGCCUGAAUCUACAACAAGGAUUUAACCUAUUUUCUGUGGUAUUUCCAUUUUUGAACAGCAGUUUUUCCAAGAUGGUCCUCGCAUUGAGGCUGCCUUCAGGAAACACAUCCACAGGGCAGAUGUUGAUCAAGUUGGAAACAGUGUUGAAAUCUAUGUGUGCCAUGCCAAUGUCAUCAGAUACUUUGUUUGCAGGUAAAGUGACACAGAAAUCAAAAUGUUUUAAUAUACAAUGCCACCUAGAUACAUGUAGCGGGUAGUCAAACAGUGUCCUUCAUUUUAAAACCUGUACACCCUAAUGUCAUUAUGCAUAUUCUCCAUACAGUUCUUUAUAUAUUUCCUAAGGUGCUGACAAGGAGAAUUUGUUUACUGAUCAAAAGCUUCUUUCAUUGGUGAUCAUUUCCUUUAUUCUCAUGACCUUAAUAUGUGAUUGAGGGGUGAUAUUGUAAGGAGAAAUUAGAUGCUAGUCACUCUUAGGGUUUAAAGGGUUAAUAAUACCAUUAAGUAAUAGGGAAAACAAACUAAUGAUUUAUUAUAACUUACCAUUUUUUCUGUUUUGUGUUGUUCAUAAGGGUUCUUCAGUUUCCACCUGAGGGUUGGCUUCGUAUAAGCAUAGGGCACUGUGGAAUAACUUGGGUGACUAUAAGGCCCAAUGGAAGGGUAAGCGUCAGAAGUAUGGGCGACACUGGACACCUACCUCCCAAUCAAUUGUCAUCAUAGACACAGGAUACUCAGGAAAGAUACCUUCUCCCUAAGGACUGUGCCACAGAUUUGUCCUUAAAAUAGCAGCUAGGUGUUGUAUUAUUAGGGAGGAGUUAAAAUAAUUGUUAUAAAAGUAAUCAAAGCUCCAUGUUCAUCUUUUUUCAAAGUCACUGAAUGGGGACCUAAAAAACAUAAAAUGUUUGCCAGUAAAAAAAUUUAGUUGCCUAGAAUGAAAUGAUAAUCAACAGCUAUAUAAUGACAAAGGACUUUUUGUGCAAUACUACAUGAUAUUCAUUUCAAGCCAUAGGGUCAAAGCAGUAAAAGCAUAACAUUGAGCCACAUAACUUCUGAGUGCUAGUUGCCAUAUUGACAACUUUCACAGUAAAUUUAGCUGCCAAUUGUUUUUAAUUAUUAUAACCAAAACGAUCCAAACAUGGAGCAAUGGUAUGGGUAACUCAGGUUGUUACACAUAUAGUUUGUGUAAACAACAAAACUUUAAAGCGCAUGGUUUCAAUUUUCAUCAGAAAACAUCAAAUACCCAAAGGCACUUGAGUACAGAGUACUUGUAAAGGUGUUCUUAAAAUAGCUGUAUUUCUUUAACAAAAGAACUACCAUUUCUUUUGUUCAAAAGAAAUUCCCAAUUUAAUGUAGAAUUCUUAAUCUUGCAUUAAAC